GGAUACAGCGGGGCCAUUUAACAUUGCGUUUCAGCCAAACUCUCACGACAGGGGGCAUCGCACACUACGGGGAUACACUACACAGCAACCGCGAGCUUAGAAGCGGACUGUUGCCUGAAUUGAGAACAUACAGCGAUGGCACAGCUGGUUCAUGUUUACCCAGUGCACUUUCCCAAACCUCUGGACCAGCGGUCAGUGCGUCACUGAUUGCACAUACUGACAUUAUUUCUGCGUUUUUUGCUUUUUUAUUUUGCCAUUUUUCCGUUUUCUUUGGAGCUAUACCUUUCUGCCUCGUGCAUAAAUCCCUUAAAUCUAUAUGCUUUUAUUAAGCAGAUUUUGCACUUGCGUUGUUUUUUUUCGAGAUCGCAUUGCUCGUUCAGAAGAGAAGACAAAUUGUCGAUCAUAGCCUACUUGCUAAUAUCUAAUAUCCGUUCGACUGGAAACCCUAUCAAAACAGUUAACUCUAUUGCGGGCAUCUGUGUCAAAUCGAGCUCGAGUUCUCUUGUUGGAUGAAACCGAUUUGGGAUAAAUUUUGCUGUUGUCAUCAUUGCACAGUGUGCACCAGCGCUCCGAAAUCUGAGCAUCCUCCUUCGGAAGGUACAAUUGCGUCCGCUAUGCACAUUGUCGUAGCUUUGCAAUAAUUUAGAAGAUCCGCAGUUGAAGGCUGGGACGACAAAAACAUACAGACAGAGGAUGUUUUGGAUGUGAAAAUAAAAAUAAUAAAUAGGCAAGAUGGGGAAAGAUCAGGAAUUGCUACAAGCAGUGAAAACUGAAGACCUUCUUACGGUGCAGAAGCUCUUGCAGAGGCCCAAACCAGGGAAAGCAAAGUUGCUGGGUUCUGCCAAGAGGGUGAACGUCAACUUCCAGGAUACAGAUGGGUUCGCCGCGCUGCACCAUGCCGCCCUCAACGGGAACAUGGAGCUCAUCUCCCUGCUGCUGGAGUCCCAGGCCACUGUGGACAUGAAGGACCAGAAAGGAAUGCGCCCGCUGCACUACGCGGCCUGGCAGGGGAAGUCGGAGCCCAUGAAGAUGCUGCUGAAGUCGGGGUCCUCGGUGAACGGGCAGUCCGACGAGGGCCAGAUCCCGCUGCACCUCGCAGCACAACACGGGCACUACGAUGUGUCAGAGAUGUUACUCCAGCACCAGUCAAACCCAUGCAUUGUGGACAAUGCUGGGAAAACCCCUCUGGACCUGGCCUGUGAAUUUGGUAGAGUGGGCGUCGUUCAGCUGUUGCUCAGCAGUAACAUGUGCGCCGCCCUGCUGGAGCCCAAACCCGGCGACGCCACUGACCCCAACGGCACCAGCCCCCUGCACCUCGCCGCCAAGAACGGUCACAUUGACAUCAUCAGGCUGCUUAUCCAGGCUGGCAUCGACAUCAACCGGCAGACCAAGUCAGGCACUGCCCUGCACGAGGCGGCACUGUGUGGCAAAACCGAGGUGGUGCGGCUGCUGCUGGAUAGUGGCAUCAAUGCAGGAGUGAGGAACACGUACAGCCAGACAGCGCUGGACAUUGUAAACCAGUUCACCACCACUCAGGCCAGCCGGGAGAUCAAGCAGAUGCUCCGGGAUGCCUCUGCAGCCCUGCAGGUCAGGGCCCUGAAGGAUUACUGCAACAACUAUGACCUGACCAGCCUCAACAUAAAGGCGGGCGAUGUCAUCACGGUGCUGGAGCAACACCCUGAUGGCCGGUGGAAGGGCUGUAUCCAUGACAACCGCACAGGAAAUGACAGAGUGGGCUACUUCCCCUCCAACAUGGUGGAGGUGAUCAGCAAGAGGGCAGGUUCAUGGAACACAGUCAUUUGUAGCCAACAGUAUCAAACGAUACAGCUCUGUGCGCCGGCGUGCGGCCCUGCCGCCGUGGUGAACGGGGACUCUUACCAUCAGAUCCAUAUCCUGCCGCCUCCUCCACCUCCGCCACCACAUUCCCAUCAGCCACUUUUCACUUCCUUUGGCUAUAACAGGUCCCAGAGCACCUCAGAAGAGCUGCACUGUGCAAAAGGUUCCAGAGGCUCUGAGUCCAGCCCCCACGGCUCCCCCACCCCAGCCAGCGGCACCCAGGGCGGCGCCAGCGAGGAAAUCUGGGUGCUGCGCAAGCCCUACGCAGGUGGAGACCGCAGCAGCAUGGGCAGCUCGGGCAGCGUGGCCAGCGCCCGGUCCUCGGGGAGUGGGCAGAGCGCUGGCACCAACGCGCACAUCCUGCACGCCCAGGCGGAGGGCGUCAAGCUCCUGGCCACAGUGCUCUCUCAGUCUGCGAAGGCCAAGGAACACCUGCUGGAGCAGUCAAAAUCUCUGGAGCAGUCCACAGGCUCCUCCUCCCGCACCCCGAGUUCAUCAAGCUGCCCCUACCAUGAGCCGCCGUAUGGAGAACCUGUGUCACAGCGGAAGGGGGAGGUGCUGCCUGAUGGGAAGAGCUCAGAGGCUGUUAUCCAAUGGCUGAGCGAGUUUCAGCUGCAAGUCUACGCUCCAAACUUCAUCAGCGCGGGCUAUGACAUUGCCACCAUUAGCCGAAUGACCCCCGAGGACCUGACUGCUGUUGGGGUGACUAAGCCAGGACACCGUAAGAAGAUGACCUCCGAGAUUAACAAGCUGAGUGUCACGGAGUGGCUCCCGGACCAAAAGCCAGCAAACCUGGCAGAGUGGCUGUCUAUGAUUGGACUGACCCAGUAUUACCAGAUUCUGGUCCAAAAUGGUUAUGAGAAUAUCGACUUCAUCACUGACAUCACCUGGGAGGAUUUACAGGAGAUUGGAAUUACAAAACUUGGGCACCAGAAGAAGCUGAUGCUGGCUGUGAAGAAGCUGGCAGAGAUGCAAAAGGCAUCAGAGGGGCGAGGCACUCUGCGCAAGAAGCCGCCCCCUGCCCAGGAAGUGAUGGCCAUCGAGAGCCCUCCCCACGACAGCGCCGAGUGCAUGUCCCCCAAGAUGAGCUCCUUCCAGGACAGCGAGCUAAGCAACGAGCUGCAGACGGCCAUGAACCGCGGCGGGGAGGUGCAGGAGGGGGCGGAGGUCCGGCCGGGCGGGGGCCAGAUGUCCCAGCGCAUGCGCAGCAUGCACGAAAACAGUCUCAGUAAGAGCCGGGAUGGGGACGAAACCAGCGGCCCUCCAAGGAAGGAGGCCCGAACUGCGCGGCAGGGCAGCCACGCCCAGGGGCUGCAGAGGGCCAAUGUCCCGCCUCCACUGGGCAAACCACGCCCAGCACCCUCCUACACCCCGCCACAGACUCCCACCAAGACCAAGCCAUCCUCCCCGCAGACUAUGGGGCCUCCACAGGCCUCUGCCAAGGUGAAGCCCACCCCACAGCUCCUGGCCCAGACAGAGCGGCCCAUGUCCCCCCGCUCCAUCCCACAGUCCCCCACACACAGAGGCUACGCCCACGCCGCGCCGCAGCACAUGGAGAGCGUGGAGGGGCCACCGGCCCAGCAGCCGCCCGUCUCGGUGCCCCUGCUGUGCCUGCCCCCGGAGGGGGACGAGUACGAGGAGGACCAGGGCCUGCCCAAGAAGCGCGCACACAGCCUGAGCCGCUAUGCCGCGUUUGAUGGUGAGCGGGAGCGUGACGAGCUCAUGGUCCCCGACACCACCAAGUACGCCACCAUGCAGGCCCGGGUCGGCCGCAGCAGCUCCGUCCGGGCCCAGUUGGACAAGAACGUCAACCGGAGCCAGUCCUUCGCCCUCCGGCCCAAGAAGAAGGGGCCCCCGCCCCCUCCGCCCAAGCGCUCCAGCUCCACCAUCUCCAGCACCAACCUGGAGGAUGAGGCCAGAGACGGGGGUGGAGGAGACCUGCUGGGGGUCACCUACCACGAGCGGCGCCGCGCCAGCGACUUGGGCGGCAUGGUGGACACGGGCAGCGCGGGCAGCGUGAAGAGCAUCGCGGCCAUGCUGGAGAUGUCCUCCAUCGGGGGUGGGCCUAAGGCCCUGGCUUUUCAGAGGUCCCUGUGUGGCAGUGGCUGUUACCUGCAGGUCAAUCCAGUCCAUGGGAAGCAUCGUGAUGGCAUCGGGCUGGACGGGGAGGUGGUGAACCGCCGCAGGACGAUCAGUGGACCAGUGACCGGGCUGGUGACGGCCGCGCGAAGAGAACAGGGCCCCGAGUCGCCACGAGACAGGCUGGCUCCAGAGCCGCUGCCUGGCUCCGCCAACAGCUCGGCAGAGAACCUGCCUUUCGCUGAGGACGGCAACCUUACCAUCAAACAGAGGCCGCGGCUGGGAGCAGAGGGCGACGGCCUGGCGGACAGCGUCUACUCCCUGCCUCAAGAGGAGCUGUCCCGCAUGGACGCCACGGCAACGAUGAAGAGGAGGCUCCGGCCCAAGCACCACCCAGACAGCGUCAAGUUCCAGCUCAUCGAAUCCAACACCGUCAAGCGCCGACCCAAAAGCAAAGACAAGGACUCGUUGGAGAUGCCGGAAUUGCCACCCUACCAGAACGGCACCAGUACGGUGAAGAGACGGCCCGUGUCGGAGAUGAGCGUAAUGGAGCAGCCCCGCCCUCAGGACAAUGGGGAAGGGCCCCCCCGCAGGGACAGUGCUGACUUCAGCUCUCACACCGUCCAGGCUGAACCCCGGAAGCCCAUCAAGCCCCCGGUAUCCCCCAAACCUGUACUCGCCCAGCAAAUGAAGAAGCAGGGUCCCCCAAUGCCCUCUGCCAAGAGAGUCCCCAUCCCUGGACCGGGCGGCCCUGGCAGCCCAGAUGUGAAACGAGUGCCCCCUCCGAUUUCACCAAAACCCAGCCCUCCUCCCACGGCUCCCAAACCAGCCAAAGUGCUGCAGAACAUCAGCGUGACCCCUCCAUCCACCCCCACCCCUGGCAAACAGGCCGCCAGUACGCCCCCUUCGCUGUCUGCUGGCACCACCAGGCCCCACACUCCCCCGACCCCCCAGACCCCUGGAACCCCUCAGACUCCAGGUUCCCUCACGCCGGGCCCCACACCCGCGCCGGUCAAGCCCCCUCGCUCCUCCAUCAGUGGAGUGUCCGUGGACAUCGCAGGCCCGGUGGAGUCAGCACAGCAGAAGCUGGAGGAGACCAGCGCCUCCCUAGCCGCUGCCCUGCAGGCUGUGGAGGAGAAGAUCAAACAGGAGGAUGGGCAGAAAGACUCGGUAGCCGAAGACAAGAGCACAGUGAGCAUCCUGGAUGACAUUGGCAGCAUGUUCGACGACCUGGCUGACCAGCUGGACGCCAUGCUGGAGUGAAGAGCACAGUCGGCGCCUUUGCGGCACAACCUCAGGGCUCCGCGAGGGCAGAAGGGCACAAACGACUGCAGGACCCCUCCCGCUCCCCUCUGGCCUCUCUGCUCCCCCUAGCCUGUCCAGCUCCUGUCACAAUAUUACCUCUCCCGAAGCCACUCCUUCUCUCUCCCGCUCCUCCCUAUUGGGUUGCACAGCUGACCAAGUCCUCCAAUCCCCAGAAGAAUUACCUCAGGAUUGGCGGGAGAAAAAAGCGGGAGACAGACAACAAAAAGCAGAGGCAGAGGGUUGGCGAGUGAGUUUUGCAGCAGAAAACGUUACAAUCAAUUUUUUCUUCUUACAUUGGAUUAUUCAAGCUAUUGUAAAAAAAUAAAAAAAUAAAUAAUAAUACAAAAUGAUACAGUACAAUACUAUAUGUGUAAAUUGUAAGCAUGAGGAAAGUUUAUAUAUUAAAAAGUCCCAUAGUGAGAAUAAUACAUUAGUCAGUACAGUGAUAUACAUAUAUAUAAAUAAAUUAUUUUUAUUUGACUUUUUUGCCAAAUAGUAUAAGUGUGGUUAUGAGUCAGUUGUUUGGAAAAGAUGGACAAAAUAUGAAUUUUUACUUGACCAAAUUGGGACAAAAAAAACACAUUUUGAGAUUGUGUAAUGUGUGAAAGUGAGUUUUGGUUUCUCGGUGUCUGUGGACGACCCUUGUAUUGUGAGCUUGACGUGGGCUUCCAUGUGGCUGCACACCUAGCUACUGUGCUACCGGUGCAGGGGCUAAUCCUGAAUGCAGAAACUUCCAGGUUCUCGCCAAUCAGAGAGCUGUCUCCGUACAUUCCGUGACCCUGUUCCUUAGCUGCGGGGAACGUACGCAAGCACAGCCCCCCUUGUCCACCCACCCCUCUGGUGCCCAUGGGCCUUGGCCUGGGACCUCAGUGGUGCUAACCCACAACUCUUAGUCCACUUGCAAACAGAGCCAGAUGAGCACUGCACACAUCUUACUCGAGUUGGCAGCAAGUGAUUUGGUCUAAAAUAGACCAGCAACAAGCUGCUUCAGGGCUCACAUCUCAGACCACACAACUGUGGUUCACAUGCAUGCACACACACCCACACACACACACACACACACACACUUAUUGAACUGUAGCUCAGUUAGAGUCAGUUACAGCAGCACAUCACCCUAAAUUCUCAAUGAAAGGCCAGGUUUACAUGGCAGCCCAGGACAAGCACAAAGAUGAUCCUCCUUGUCUACAUUUGAGCGAAGAGGUGCACAAGGCCAACGGCUCCCCCUGCUGGUGCUGUAAGGCGCGGCCCCUGGGCAAGAAGGACCCGGCUCCCGCUGAACCUGUGCCCAGUGCCAACACCUGACAGGUUCCCACAUGACUGUUUUAUAGUGGUAUACUGCUUCUAAAAUGGCACAUCAAGAAAACAAAUAGUCAAUUUUCAUAGUGACAAUAGUCAUUUUCCUUCAUUUGGUGAUUUGGCAUUACUGCUUGAAUUGUAAAAGACUGGUUGUUCUGGCUCAUGCUGCCACGCUGUGUUUGAUUCCGAUUCCCAUUACCGUCCAUGGUGGACCUCUGUAGGUGUUGUUUUUUGCGUGUGUAUGUGUAUGUGUGCCAUUUUUGUGAGAGUGCUGUGUGUGUCUUGUGCUCAUCAUAUGAACAGCACUUGAAGGCUCGUGAAAAACCGUGGAUUUUUUUUAAAUGAGCUGUAUUUGAACUACAAUGCAAAGUGUUUUCAAGGUGUUUUUUCCUGUCUUCGUACAUCAAAGGCACAAUUAUGGAGCGUUUGAGAGAUGUUUUAUACUUCACCAGUGUUAACAGCUGUGCAAGUCAGCAGUGAUCCUUAAACCAAAAUGGUUGCAGAAAGUGUCAAACCGGAAUCAGUUUUACUACACAGGAGCUAAAAGCUUGUGCAUUUAUAUUUUAGUUUGUUGCUGGCAGUUCAGUUGGUUUGAAACUUGCUUGUCAUUGGCAUGUCUGCUGCGACAUCUUCAAUCACCAGCAAAGAGACUGAUGCUUGAUGUUCACAUCACAGCAGAAUCCUAGAUAUGAAAGACAGACUGUCAUUUCCUGGCCCACCCCUUUCCCUGUGGCUUCUGUUGAACAAGGUAACUUUGCUCCAGUCAUUUUACUCCUUCAUCCCUGACCUAUGUGUUGAUGCUGCAGCCGUGCACACCAUCAGUGUGGUUGUUUGAUGGAUCCAAACGUAGUGGCCCAGACCCCCCAGUGCCGCUGCACUGUGCUGCAAGCCUCUUUCACAGAAGGGGUUUUCUUUUGGAUGCCCAUGCAUCAAAGCUUAACAGCAGAACUAACACCACUACCCUGUUUUUUCUAUUUUUAUGUUAAGUUCCCUUAUCGUGAUGACAUGCAUUGAAGUGUAACUGCUGCAGUAUUGACGGGGUGUUAAACGGGGCCAGUGAUGACUUGUAGUAGAGCCUCAGAAGUGCAUACUUAGUACCUGUCUGCUGCUACACAGGGCUAGAGGAGGAAGGGUGGAUGACUCCUGGAGGCAUUCGAAUGGAAGAGUAGGGGAAUACCCUGUGAUCUUCGCCCCAUCUUAUCUGAAACACCUUUAGCCCAACUGCUUUCAUAACUGUCGUAACUCUCUGCCACGUACCUGUUUUCUCACAGUUUGCUUAUCUCUGUUACUGUCAGAAUCCUUAUAGAUACUAUAUUUCUGUUAUUGCUGUGUCAUUUUGACCCCCCCCCCCCCCAUUGCCAUGACAAUCUCUGUGAUGAUUCUGAGCACUGCCGCUGUAUCCAAUAAAUGAGGGCUGUCACACUGAGGCCCCAAGAGACUUGCAAACCUGACAAAUUUCAAAAUCAGUACAUUUAGUAUUUCAUAAAUAUUUUUGUUAAGAUGCAUAUCUUGUUUUUCUUACAUUGAUGAAGCUGUGUGCAUAAGCCACCGAUCACUUAGACCUGCUCUUUAUUAUGACUUUAGCUAUGAAAAAAAUAUUUAAUAUAACUUAAUUUAUAAAUAAUCUAUAAUUAAUUAUUUCAUGAGAUUUCAUCUGGAAAAACAUUUAUUUAAACUGACUUGUAGAACUCAAAAUGAAUAAGAAUUACAAUUUUUAUAUGCUGUAUGCUCCAAAAAAUAAGACCAUUGUAAAAUCUAAUUUUCUAUUCAUGAUUCAUGCUCAUUUGCAGAUGUAUGUUCAGCUAUGACAUGGUUAUUUUACGUGUACUCAUUUAGAUUAUUUUAAUUUGUUUCACGUGAAGUUACUUUUUUUUUUUUUUUACACGUGCCUUGCUUUGUUUUGUCAUUUAAUCAUUUAGGGAAAAACCUUGUUUUGAGAGGGUUUCUCUGCGUUCCAUAACAGUAGAAAGCAAUGUCAAAUCUAAUUUUAUUUAUAUGGCGCAUUUCAUACAGGAAGCAGCGAAUGUCACUUAUAAAAAUGUUUUUAAUCGGUUACAGUUUCCACGAAUGCUCGUAACUGUAUUUGCUAAAUUAAGAUCUCCUGUGGGCCAUUGAAGUACAAUAGUGAGGUCACCUGACCUUGUGCUACGUUAUGGAAACACAGGGGGCUGCUCUUCCCAUGAGUUUGUUGGGUUCCUCUCCAUUGUGCUAAAGCUAUGCGUCCCUGUGUGUCCUGUGCUUAGAUCCCUGUCUGUAUAGCUGGAUGUUUUUAUGGUGAUGUAAGAGAUCCCUUUUGUCCCUUUCCUAAACAUGUUUUUUCCACUUUACUUUUUUUAGUCAUAGUAUUCAUUUAUUUCCUGGAAAUAAAAGAAAUAGAAAAUAGAAUCUUAAAAUUUAUUUAAAGAAAAUGAAAUAUAUUAAAGAGCAAGGUACAUCUUUAAAAAAUGUAAAAAGUUUUAUUUUUAUCCUCUACAUACACACAGAAAGCUGAAGAAAAACCUAGGAGAGCUCCAUAUAAGCAGGCUGUUUAUUGUGUUGACAUUCUGCCAUUGACUUGUAUGAUACCUGCUGUGACUGGCAAUGGGACAGUGCUGUUGACUGCAUCAACAGCCAUCUGCUCUAAAUAAAUGUUAUAUACGAAUACAA